AUGACUUCGUCCUCGGAGCAGGGUACAGGCAGCAAGCAGCAAGGUUAUGCCCUCAGAGCAGAGAGUACGUCUCAGACAUGGUCAAUGCUGGAUUACUCUGACUUCUUCAGAGAGAAGCGCAGAAACCGAGGCACAUUUGACCUGCUAACGGCUGUCCACAAGGCCGAAUAUGAUAAUGUGAAGCGACCUGUGAAUAAGAAGACUAGCAAGCUCAUCGAACCGGCUCACAAAUUCGAAAUCAAUCUGGAAGGCGACAGCUGCACAAAGGAAAAGUAUGAUGUUUUCCUCAAAUACCAAAUGCAAAUACACAAAGACCCUGCUUCAAGAUGGAAAGAAAAGGACUUUAAGCGAUUUUUAUGCAGUGGUCUUGACCGCAAGAUCCUCAAAAUUGGUGGCAAGACGAUGAAACUGGGCUCUUACCAUCAGUGCUACCGACUGGACGGUAAGCUCGUUGCAGUAGCUGUUCUAGACCUUCUGCCUCAUGCUGUCAGCUCCGUCUACCUGUUCUAUGAUCCUGAGUAUCGGCAGUGGGACUUUGGUAAGAUGAGUGCCCUCCGGGAAAUAGCGCUUGCGUUGGAGGCGAAGUACGAAUUCUAUUACAUGGGGUAUUACAUCCAUUCCUGCGUCAAAAUGCGCUAUAAGGGCACCUUUUCUCCAAGCUAUUUGCUGGAUCCUGAAAGUCUCGAAUGGUGCCUAUUUGAUGAGACCUACAAGCGCGAACUGGACAAGACACCGUACGUCUCACUGUCUCGUGAUCGUAAACAGGGGCCUGUAGCAACGGACGAAAACAGUCAGUCACAGAUUACGGCAACUUCGGCCUCAGAAACCACCAAAGAAAGGUCAACAAUCUUUGACGACGAACAAGACCUUGAGUUUGAUGAAGCACCAAGCGACGAAGAAGACGCAGAGAUACCGGAAGGAUCCAUGUUCGACUACCACAUCCCUGGUGUGCUCACCAAGGACGAGGUGAAAAGCCUCGAUCUGGACCACUGGCGUCUUGUCGUUAGAAAUAAUUUGGUUGAGCUAGAGGACAUCCGAGGUUGGGAAGACUGGAAGAUUGAUGAUCCCGACACGAUCAAAGGCAUAGCCGCAGAAUUGAUCGCCGCAACUGGACCGAAAUUGCUCCAAAAUUCAGCACUUGUGCUUUUCUGA